ACACACGGGGACACGGAUGUGACGGGUGGGGGGGACACGACGAGGGGGACACAUGGCAGGGGUUGGGCAUACAUGGACACGGAGGGACACGCGGACACCACAGGGGGACACACGGACAGGGACGGGAGCGGGGAGUCACGGAGGGACUCGGACACCAGGGGGCGGACACGGACACGGUGUGACACCGCGGGGACGCGGUGGGGGACACGGAGGGACGAGGAUGGACACAGCGGGGUGGCCGUGGAGGGACACGGACACCGGAGGGGGCUCGGACACGGGGAGGGGACACGACCACGAGGCACUCGGGACACUGAGACGGAGACACGGGGAGGCGACACCGGCGUGGGGACAGCCACCGUGCCAGGCGACGCAGCCACAGAGCCCCCUGGCUCCCACCGGCCCCGGGGUCCCCUCACACUCGGGGGGUCCCCCCACACUCGGGGGGGGUCCCUGUGCUGCCGCAGGGGAGGGUCUGUGUGCCCACGAGCGUGUCCCCCACCCCUCGGGUCACCGGGGUCACCGGGACCCUCAGCCAGCGCCAGGGGGAUGCUCAGCACCCCAAAAAGGACCGGGGGGUCUGGCAGGGUCAGGGGGUGCCGAGGUGGGGGUGCUGCCCCCCUGCCCCCCCCGGGGGCCGGCUACGCCCUGGCAGGGUGACACGGGACAGCCGGACCCGCCUGUUCCUCUUCCCCACACCAGGCAGCGGCGGCCGGAGCGCAGGGGAAGGACCAUGGGGGUCCCUGCGGCCCCGCUGCUGCUGCUGCUGCUGCCGCUGCCCGCGAGCCCCUUCCUCAUCGUGUCCCCGUGUUUCCCCUUGGUGCUGAACUUCUCCGAUGAGCUGGACCUGAGCAACAGGAGCAGCGGCUGUGCCGAGCUGGACUGGAGCCCGUUCUGGCGGCAGCGGCGGCUGCUGCUCAGGAACAACGGCAUCGAGGCGCUGAGCCCCUCGGCCCGCCUGGGGCCGCGCCUGGAGGAGCUGGACCUGGCGGGGAACCGGCUGCGGGAGCUGCCCCGCGGCUUCUUCAGCAACGCCACGGCGCUGCGGAGCCUGAGCCUGGAGGGGAACCCCCUGCCCGCCGUGCCCCCCGCCGCCUUCCAGCCCGCGCUCAGCUCCCUCACCGUGUCGUGCCGCUGCGACCUGCUGGGCACGGUGCUGGCGCCCUGCGCCCGCCCGGGCAUCGCCUGCCUGUGCUUCACAUCCCACCGGCGUCCCUUCAACGUCACCGAGUUCCACGGCCGGGAGUGCGGGCCCGGCGCGGGGCUGGUGGCCGCGGUGGCCGCGGCGGUGGCCGCGCUGGUGGCAGCGCUGGUGGCCGCGCUGGUGGCCGCGGUUCGGUGCCGGCGGAGGAGAGCGGGAGCCGCGGCGGGCGGCGCGGGCAGGGGGAAGCCGGAGCCCGCUGGAGGCCUGCGGCAGCCGCGCUACAUCAGCCGGGACACCGGGAGCGGCGGCGGCACCGACGGCCCCGACUACGAGAACGUGUUCGUGAGCGCCGGCACGGCCCCGGGCGGCCCGCGGGGGUGGGCACCGGCCGGGCGGGAGCCGCGCUGCAGCCCCCAGGUCCUGCUGGACGAGGAUUAUUUCCUGGAGAGCGAUGCCGGGGACCAGCCCAUCUACGCCAACACGCUGGGCCCCGCCGAGGACAUCUACAUCAUCGCUGAGCAGUGAGGGGCUGGGGCACUGCCGGGACCCUCUGCGCCCCUCCCCGCUGUCUCCCAGCCCGCAGGGACAGGGACAGUCCCCUGGGCAGGGGCACACGCACACCUGCUGGAGCUCCUUUUGCAGGGGGAUUUUUUUGGCAGCCCCGGCCGCUCCUCCGCCCCAGUUCUCAGGCGGAGCUGGGGGCUGAGCUGGCGUUUCCUGCCGGGGCUGCGGCCACCGACCGCGGGGACAGCGGUGCCACAUCCGCCACCGGGGCCUGGGGACAGCGCUGGCCCGGGCCGGCUGCAGGAGCGGGGCUGGGCUCGGCCCGGCUGGGCUGGGGCUGGGCUCAGCAUUGGCUCAGCCGGGCUGGGUUCAGCUCUGGAGCUGGGGCUGGGCUCAGUUCUGGAAGAGCUGGGGCUGAGCUCAGCUCUGGAGCUGGGACUGGGCUCAGCCUGGCUGAGCUUGGCCUGGCUGAGCUGGGACUGGGCUCAGCAUUGGCUCAGCUGGGCUGGGCUCAGCCUGGAGGAGCUGGGACUCAGCUUAGCCUGGCUGAUCUCAGCCUGGCUGAGCUGGGGCUGGGCUCAGUUCUGGAGCUCGGACUGGGCUCGGCCUGGCUGAGCUCGGCCUGGCUGAGCGGGGCUGACCCUGGCCUUGGCUUCCUCUUCCCCUUUCUGGGCCGAUGGAGACGGGGCUGUGCGCUGGCGGUUGGGGACAUCCGGUGGCACCUGCUCAAUCUUUUCCUGCUAAAUCUGCCGCUUUGGGGAACAAAGAAAAAGCUCCUUUUUAAAAUCCUCCUGGUGACACCCGAGCUGUUGGGACACAGGGACCCCUGGGUGUCCCCCCAGUCCCUGGGAGGCUUCAUUAAAUGGUUUAAUUAUCUCUAA